AUGGGGGCUCUCCCUCGGGAUGGGGGGACUCCCCCUCAGGAUGGGGGCUCUCCCUCGGGAUGGGGGGUCCGAGGCCCAGCAGCCCUCCCAGAAAGCGUCCCUCCACGCCAUCAAUGGCGUCCCGCCCUUUGCAGGGAAGGCUACGAGCACUUCUUCGACAAGCUCAAGGAGCACAACAUCCCGGUGUUCAUCUUCUCGGCCGGCAUCGGCGACGUCCUGGAGGAGGUGAUCCGUCAGGCCGGGGUCUACCACAACAACAUCCGAGUCGUGUCCAACUUCAUGGAUUUCGACGAGAACGGGGUGCUGAAAGGAUUUAAGGGAGAAUUGAUUCACGUGUUCAACAAGCACGACGGCGCCUUGAGGAACACCCAGUACUUCAAGCAGCUGAAAGACAACAGCAACAUCAUCCUCCUGGGAGAUUCCCAGGGAGACCUGAGGAUGGCCGACGGGGUGGCCAACGUGGACAACAUUCUGAAAAUCGGCUACCUGAAUGACCGCGUGGAUGAACUCUUAGAAAACUACAUGGACUCCUAUGAUAUCGUUCUAGUAAAAGAGGAAUCCCUGGAAUUGGCCAAUUCCAUCCUCCAAAAAAUCCUGUGAACCAGCGAUGGGCAGGAAGCUUUCCUCCCGAGGACUAAUGGGCAGAGGAGCAGCUCUCGCAUCCCCAGACGAGCCCAUUGGACCAUCCUGUGACCUGGAGGCUUCUUCCCAUCACUUUGCCACCUUCUCGUCAUAUUCCAAUGAUAUAUUGACUCUGCUGAGUGGACACUUUGAAAUAAAAGUAUUUGCACCUUUUUUCACCUCUCACCACACUCCCUGCCACAAACUGUAGUCAUUCUCACCAAAAAAAGGCAACCCACAUGAAAGCCGAGUUGUGGAAACCUCCCGCCCCCACCCCCUUCCAAAGUGGAUUGUAUUUUGGUUUGAUCAUGAAUAUUUCUAGGAAUGUU